CAAGGAGCAGCCUCCCUUUCCUCCUCCUCCUCCUCCUCUUCCUCCUCCUUUCCUGCGCUCCAGCCCCGCUGCUUCCCUCCCUUCCUCAGGGGCCACCCACUUGUUUGUCUGCCAAUCAAAAUGGACUCGGAUUGUGGGAUGGACCCUCUCGCUGUGAUAAAAAGGCUUCAAAAAGAUUUUGAAGCCGACUGAAGCAAUAACAGCAGCAGCUGUGGCGGUGGCAGCAUCCAGAAACAAGACCAUGAAGAACCCUAUGUACGAAAUAGUGGCGUUGCUACUGGAAAAGUUUCUCCUGAUAGCCAGGCUCCUUGGGAUGGGCUCCAGCAGUGAGGAAGACGACAAGAAGAAAUAUGCUUAUUAUGAUACGACCUAUUUCAAGCCAGGAGACUUGUUGGAAGUGCCCCGCACUCUUUUCAUUCACUUUGGCAUCUACCUGGGUGACAACCGGGUGGCCCACCUGAUGCCAGACAUCUUGCCAGCUCUCACCCACGACCAGAAGCAGAUCCAGAAGGUGGUGACUAACAAGAGACUCAUCUUGGGUGUCAUUGCCAAAAUGGCCCGGAUCCGUGUGGACACAGUGGAGGACUUUGCCUAUGGAGGCUGCAUUCUGGUGAACCACAUGGACAAGCUCUUCAAGAACCAUGUCCUGAGCAAUGAAGAGGUGGUCAGUAGAGCGGAAAAGUUGGUGGGAGCCACAGACUACAGUUUGCUUUGGAACAACUGUGAACAUUUUGUCACCUUCUGCAGAUAUGGCUCUGGAGUCAGCUUCCAGACUGACAAGUUCUGUGAAACAGUGAAGAUGAUAAUUCGGGACCAGAGGAGUGUUCUUGCUACUGCGCUGCUGGGACUGGUUUCUAUAUUCUGCCUGGGCCUUGCACCGUCCACCACUCUGCCCACCAUCAUUAUUCCAUUCAUGUUGUGGAUGGCUGGUUAAUGAAGCCACCAGAGUGUGUUGGCAGCUGUACAUAGGAUAUAUAAUGUAUUUAUGAAGGUUCAAACACCUUCCAAUGUUUUGUGAGCAGAGGAGAAUGUGACUUGCCAUUGUAUCCUCAUUUAUUGAUACCUGAUGGGCCAGAAUAUGGUGAACAAGCAACAUCUUACUGUGUAAGCUGCUGGAUUUUGUACAAAUAUUUGCAGAAAGCAACUUCAGCAACGGAUUCAUGGGGUUUGUUCCCAAGCAAAUGUGCAUAGACUGCAAACCUAAAAGUAAACUCAGCUAAAAUUGGUGGGAUUAGCUCUCAAGUAAAUAUGCAUAGGAUUGGAGAGAGGUUAUAAUAUGUGAAAAGCUAUCCUUUGGAUGUAGGUAAAACCAGUGAAGCCUUAGAUGAAUCCUCCCCAGCCUAGCAGUCGCCAGAUGUGAUGCACGACAGUCCCCGUGUUCACUAAUGAGCAUGGCUAGAUCAGAUCUAGUCUACCAUCCUUUGCAUACCAAGGGAACAAAUCCAGAAGCCCUCCAGAUGUUAUCAGAUUACAAUUCCCAGAAUUCAUCACCAUAAAGGCUGGUUAGGAUUAAACAUGAUUACCACCUAGGUGAAGUUUGUUAGCAGGUCAUAGAUGGAAAAGCAUCCUCCCAGUUAUGUUUCUCAGGAACUGAAAUACUGAGACUCGGGCUCCUUCUACACCAGACAUGGAGAAACUUCAGCCCUCCAGGUGUUUUGGACUUUAACUCCCAUCAUUCCUACCAGCUGUUAGGAAUUGUGGGAGUUGAAGUCCAAAACACUUGGAGGACCGAAGUUUGCCCAUGCCUGUUUUACACUGUACUUAUAUCUCAGGAUCUGAUCCUAAAUUAUCUGCUUAUAUGGCAGUGGGGACUCAUAUAAUCCAGUUCAUGGAGAUAACCUGGGAUCUGAUCCUGGAAUAUAAGGACAGUGUAGAAGAGGCCUCAGUGCUGACAUAUAGCCAUCCUAACUUGUAGUCCCUGGUGAUCCUAACUCCAUGAAUUACGGAUCUCAUCACACUAGAGAAUGAAUCCACUUUAAAUCUGGUUUCUGCCUCCUGCAGAAUUGUGGGGAUUGUAGUUUAGUGAGGCUGUUAAAGGCUCCUCCCUAAACUACAAACCUCAGAAUUCUGCAUUUAAAGCAAUCACAUUUAAAGUGGAUUCAUUCUCUAGUGUGAUGAGAUCCAAAGUUAGAGCCAUAUGUAAUGGAAGUCAUCACUACACUGAAUGUGGUGUGCUGAAAAAUGAUUCCUUUUCUCCACCUCCCAACAUUUAGCUACAUAGAUGACCUCAGGUUCUAGUAUAAACGAUUCUUGCUAUCCCCUUCUUUCACACCAUGCAUAUUUUUAUAAGCCUCUCUUCUGUCUUCCCUUCCCUUUCUUCAAAGCCUUCAACUCUCAGAAAUUCUAACACCUGGGGACCCACAGGUUGAGAACCACUGUUCUAAACUUAGCAAACCCAAACAUUGUAGACCUUUUUCAUAGGGAAGAUGUAGACCUACACAGCUGGAGGUCACUGAGCUGCAAAUGUUGCCUUAAGACCAGUGUUUCUCUACCUUAUAGGUCCCCAGAUGCUUUGGCCUUCAACUCCCAGAAAUCCUGGUAAAACAGCUGCGAUUUCUGGGAGUUGUAGGUCAAAACACCUGGGGACCCACAGGUUGAGAACCACUGCUUAAGACACACAGGUGGACAAUGGAGACACGUAACUAGUACUCCGUAUCCCUUCCAGAUGUAUUUUGAAAGGUGUUGCACUGAUCGUCAUAGCAAUUAAAAGAGCAGAGGGGAGACCCAGGUGUGUAUUAUUACUGUUGUGUGUUUCUAUCAUUGCACAUUUCUAAUAGUUUAUAUCUAGUCUUUCAGAUUUCCAUAAAGAGAGUAGUUGAAUUCAUUUCUCCUUAAAUGACACACGAAUCCAUCCUGACUGAUUUGGGUGCUGCAGAUUCACCUUGGUAUGAAAUGUCAACAACUCCCCAUUUAAAUCAUGCUGGUAGCGGCAAAUUCUUUUGAAGCCUCGAGGCAAGGUUGGCACAAGUGGCUGAAAAAAAGAAAACAAUUAAGGAGUAUUCUGUGUUUGUGGGAAGAUGAAAGGCAGAAGUCUAGCCCUUUUGUCUGUUCUUCACAAUGAGAUCAAGUAGCAUGGAAAUAAAGAAGCCGCUUUAUGACUUCUAA